CUUUAUUUUCGUACAGAACUGAGGAGGGCUGGCUCUAGGUGGCAUGGGGACUAAACUCCACAGUAAAGAGUCGAGAAACGUCCAAGAAUUUACUAAAAUGCUGAACUUGGACCGCCUAGGAAACAUUUCGUCUCAAGCCUCGCUGUAGCUACAGGAAACAUGUGGAGAGUGCAAUGGUUUGUUGGAAGAAUUCUAAGCCGCAAUGCCCCCCUGCGCCUCUCUCAGAACCACCAUGUGGAGGACGAGGUCAUCAACACCUCCACUCUCCUGUCUACCUCUCGGCACAACUCUGACCCCAGUUCUCAGAAAGGAGAGGAUGGAGAGAAACAGAAGAAGAGGAAGACCUCUCAGUUCUGCAGCGCCGGGCUCCCUCGCUACACGGCGCUGGACGCCAUGGGCUUUGGAGCCGCUGCGGUGUUGGUGCUGCAGAUCUGCAGGAGGAUCCACUUCCAGUUCUCCCUGCGUGCCGAGUACGGACAUGGCCCCACCCCUGCACCUAGUCAGCCAGUAACAGCUACCCUCCAGAAGUGUGGCUACCGCGUUCUACUGGAGAUCUUGUCUAGACGUGAUGUCCUGCCCAGAGGGAGGACUGUACGCUGCCUGUGGGGGGCACCAGAGACACAGAUCCAGACCCAAGCCCAGACUCAGACCCAGGGUAGCAGCAAUGAGGCCAGCAGCAGCAGCUUGGACCACAACCUGGAUCAUCUGACAUCUCAUAGUUCCUCACCUCACCAUCAGCUAAGUCAGGAGUCUUCAGCCUCAGAGGAGUCUUCUUUGUCCGAGUCAUCCCUUCCUGAACACCAACCAGAAGACAGGAAACAGUCUGAGCAGGAGGACGACCAGGACUUCCUUUCGCCAGAGGAGAAGGUUGCGGGGGCAGCGCUGGACCUCAGACAGGCGGCUGACUCCAGCAUCCCGGUUGUCCUCAACAUCAUCGGUCUGGAGAGCGUUAAGAGUGGCGCCUAUGAGGCAGCCUUCACGUGUUUCCUGGCUGCAGCUCGCCACGGCUACAGUAAAGCCCAGUUCAACACGGGGGUCUGCUAUGAGAGAGGGCGUGGAGUAGGGAAGGACAAGGGCCAGGCACUCAACUUUUACAGCCAAGCAGCAGCAGGGGGACACAGCCAGGCUCAGUACCGCUACGCCAGGCUCCUCCUGAGCUGCAGGGGGCAGCAGAGUGCAGAGGACCUGGACAAAGCCAUCCAUCUGCUGGAACAGGCCGCCGUCGCAGGACUCGCACAGGCUCAGAUGUACCUGGGUUCUCUCUUCUCCCAGGAGCCAGUCAGAGAUGGCUGUAAGUCUGUCCACUACCUGAGGAUGGCAGCGGAGAGAGGGGACAGCGACGCUCUGUUGUUCUUGGGCCAGUGUUAUGAGACAGGCUUCGGGGUGCAGAAGUGUCCAAGGACAGCUAUGAAGUUCUACAGGCAGGCUGCCCGGGGCGGGAACAGGCCGGCUCAGAGACUGCUGGUGCCCCCUGGUGGAGCAGAGGCAGAAGAAGUCCUGCGCUCCAUCCAGUCUGCCCCGUCUUUCCCUGUGGCCGGCCUCCUCCUCCAGCCCCUCUCCACCCUCGCCAGUCCCCCCUGCCCCUCUGCCCCGCCCACCCUGCCUCUCACCCUUCCUCACUCCUGGAGCACAGGAAGCAUGGCCCCUCUGCCUCGCCUCUCUUCUCUCCCCCUCCACCUGCACCCCGUCCCCCCUGGCAUGGAGGGCAGCCCCUGCAGGUGGACCAUCGGGGUGUGAUGAACAAGCUAGCACUUAGCCAGCCCAAAGUUAUUUAAGUAUUCACACUAAAUGUAACAAAGAGGCUUGGAUAUCCACAGUGUGCGUUAUUUUAGUAUAUCCGUUUAAAGAUACGUGUGGUUUUUGUAAGAGCGUAAUUUGACCUGUGAGAACCAGUUAGGUCUCAAGUUCAGACUGUCGAGAGAAAACAUGCUAAAUGUUUGUCAGAGAUUUGAGCUUUAAACUUGUCUGGUCUUGGCUGUUGUGUCUUAGUCAGUUGAGGCUGGAUAAAGGAGGAUAAGGAAUAAAUAAUGGUAAACUUGUGUAAAUACUAUGCUAGUUACAGGAUAAGCUUGAGUUUUUUGGGGGGUUUACUGACAAAUGUUUGGGUGAAGAUAUGCAUGUAUAUGUAAGUGUGGGUUUUGUGGGAUUUGUUUUUGUGUCUAGAAGGCUUGUGUCAAAUGACUAGCUCUCUUCAGCUUUAGUGUUUUUUUGUUUUUGUACUUCUUGUUUUUGUAUUACUUGCUGCCUAAUCAUAGCCAGCAGUCAUCCUGUUUUAUAUGGUCAGAUUCCCUAAUAAGAAGACAUGUUUCUUAAAGCUAGAAAGACGAGUUUGGGACAUGAUGUGCCUUUGAUAUACCUUUCUAAAGGUCUCCUUUACCAUCCCUUUGUGUCAGCUGAACAAUAUGCAUACCUGUCUGCAACUUUGCGAAAGCAUCAUGUUAGUUGACAAAAGCACUUGUAAAAUCAAAGUAUAAAGGCCAAAGGAAAUUAACAAAUUUGAAUAUGUGAAUGUUGUGGAAACACUACUGUUGUGAAACGCACAAGUUGCUCACUAUCAUUAAAGCCAUUUUAAUACUUA